AUGUCCGUCGCUUCCCAUGAUUCUCAGUUCCCGCCUUAUUACUAUAUCCCCAUCCGUCCUGUCUCUUCCCAAAGGCCACAGUCUCAGCAAGAAGUCCCAUACUUACAUUACCCCAAUAUCAAUAACACAUACGCCCUUGACUCUUUCAACGCCAACGACAUGGCCGCCGCAGCUGCUAGUCACAGACGCUCCCAACAAGAAGAUGCCAGUGUCGCGCAGGCUCUUGAGAUUGCUAGGGAGAGCCCUGAUGGCUCAUCAGACCCUACUAUUAGCAAGAUACUCGAGGCUGCUCUAGACCGAAUCUGGGGGAAGGUGAAAAUGCAUCCCGACUCAUAUAUCAUGACUCGAGAUGAGUUCGCUGUCUUCAACUUCUUUCAGUACCGCUUCCUCGGCAACAAGAUGGCAGUGAGCGCUCGAAAGCGAUACUGGGACAACACCCAUGCCUGAUUGCCCACCCGGUCUCGUUACAUAAGGCGGCUUUGUCUUCCGCACCCUUUGUUCUGCUCUUCUAUAUAUGGAGGGUUUCUCUUGCGCAUUGAGCGGCCUACUACAGCAACACGGCUAAACGAUGACAAGAGACGAUUUUUCUUUUCCCUUUCUUACCCAACGAAGCACGACACCGAACAGCCAGGGUUACGCCGAUACCCUUGCCCAUCGAAAUAUCCACAGAGACAACCAGGGUUGGCCCAAACCUGAUUUACACA